AUGCCCGCUUAUAAGAAGAAGAAGCAGCAGCUGGACAAGGAAAGGGAGAAGAGCUGCCAGGUUUGCCACGCUCAGCCGUUCAAAUACCAACAUCCAUCCACUGGGCUUUACUACUGCUCGCUGCCAUGUUACAAGGCGAUUCAAGCUGAAUUGGGUGGAAGCGUCGACGUAAAAGAUAAUGGAAAGCAAAGCGAAAGCGAGCAGACAGCGACGGUGGCAGCAACAACGACGCCAGCAGCAGCAGCAGCAACAACAACAACGACACCACCACCAGAACAAUUAGAAACAUCAAAACAAGUCGACGCUCCCCUCAGACCUCUACAUUCUCUCAGGUGGCCAGAAGAGCCAGAUGAGAAAAUAUUCAUUGACGCACUAUCCCGUAACGACCCUAAGCCGCUCAGACGCAGCCAAGUCCUCAGCAUAGCUACAAGCCCAGAAAUACGACAGCUCUUCCAAACACACCCCAACCUCAAAAAUCUCCUUGCUCAACUCGACAGCAUAGACAUAGACGGCUCCCGGAACAGAGAGGUAGUCUUACAGCGUGUUCUUGGCUACGAUGCCAACACGCUCUCAGGAAGAUCUAUACACGGUCUACCUGCACAACUCUCAAACCUGCAACAAUCUGACAGAGAAGCUCUGCAGUCUUUGAUGGAAUGUAUGAAUAACUCAAUAGAGGCUUGUAAUAAAUAG